AUGGCAACGGAAACGGCAAUGGGAAGAACGGAAGUGGAGUCAGCAACCCUCAUCCGACACCAAUUGAGCCAGGAAAAAGCUGGACGCCCCGUUGAACUGCAAAGCAGCAUCUUCGGUAUCGUCAUCAAUCAGGAGCAGAAGAUUUAUCGUCACUACUCGUCAGGGCGCAAGGCCAUGGCCGGGAAAGUCUUUGAGAUGUUGUUCGACCAAUAUGCUGACGAAUUGGCUUCCCCAAUUGUUGUCUUCUAUGAUCGACAAAGCAUCUUGUUCUCGAUGGAGCGCCUGAAGUAUACUUUGCCUGAUGGAAAGGAGCUGAAAGUUGGUGCCAAAUAUUCUGUACGACUCGUUGAGGACCGAAAGGACGGGAUCGCGCCAACAUCCCCCGCUCAUGCCAACUCUGUCCAGAUUGAACGCCUCAACAUUGUUCUAAGAGGUCUUAUGGUAACAACCACUCACGGAAGGUCCAAGAAAAAACACAAGAUCAUCAAAGUUGCCUUCGAUUCGUCACAUGUGAUUACCCUGCCCGACAAGAAGAUCUCCGUUCGCGACCCCUACUAUCAGGAGAAGUAUAAUCUAUGCUUGCAAGCACCAUUAGCUCCAUUGAUCUGUGUCCAGGCAAAGAAGGAAACGUUCUUCCCAAUGGAAGUCUGUACAGUAGCUCCUGACCAACGUGUCGGCUUUGCACAACAAACUGCUGACCAAAUGAAAGAGACGACAAAAAACAAUGGACAUACAGCUAAUAUCGACAUGGAGCGAUUCACUUGGAAGAUCGAGCGAGGAGCACAAUAUCUGAUACCCGGAAAAUGUGAUGUUUGGGCUUUUCUUCUCAUUGUCCGACAACCCCAAGAUAUAUCAAGCACUAUAAACCACUGGCCAGUGGUGAACUUUGAAAGACUUGAAGAAAUGUUCCAGACGAUGGCACCGCGUGCUCGAGAAGGUGACAAGCCAGCUACGGUGAAGAGGGUAUGCAACAAGAUGAACGUCAAGCUUGGUGGCAUCAACUAUUCAAUCAAAAUCAAUGGCAACACUCUUCUCCAGAAAGGCGAAACGUUGGUGAUUGGAUUGGGGGCAACAAUUACCGCGCCUCCAGGAGUCCGACUUGAGGGAGAACAGCCGAUGCCGACUGUUGUUGGAUACGCCGCAAAUAUUUCUGCGGACGUGGGCGGCUUUUACGGCGAUUUCGAACGAAUGGACCCAAAAUUGGCAUCGGACCAGUUGAUUGGUGGUCUGGUGGUGACGCGUAAAAUCGUGACGACUGGA